UGAACGCAGCUACUGUACUCCUUGCUGGAAAGCACUCAAUGUUCCGAAGAUUAAACUGCAUAAACAAUAAAAUAAAUUAUAUAUUCUUGUUUAAAAGAUGGAUAUUGAAUACAAUUUUGUGAAGGAAAUAAACUGUAAUCAAGGAGCUAUCAGAUCUGUACGAUUUAGCGUCGAUGGUUCUUAUUGUAUAACGUGCGGAUCAGAUAGAAAGUUGAAGUUAUGGAAUCCAUAUAAAUCUACCACAUUAAAAACAUAUGGUGGACAUGGUGAUGAGGUUAUGGACGCCUGUGCGUCUUGUGAUAGUAGUCAAAUUGUAUCUUGUGGAUUAGAUAAAUCUGUAAUUCUUUGGGAUGUAGCAACAGGCACACCUAUACGCCGUUUUAGAGGACACGCUGGUCCAGUCACAACAGUAAGAUUUAAUGAAGAUUCAUCUAUGAUAAUCUCUGGAUCUCGUGAUAAUAAUGUUAUGUGUUGGGAUAGACGUUCUAAGGUACAGGAAGCUGUACAAAUAUUGAAUGAUGCCAAAGAUUCUAUUUCAAGUGUUAGAGUUUCAGAUCAUGAGAUUUUAUCUGCUUCUUUUGAUGGUAAAGUACGUACUUAUGAUAUACGCAUAGGAGAACUUUGCACAGAUUUUAUGGGAGAUGCUGUCACAUGUGCAAGUUUUACCAGAGAUGGCCAAUGUUUAAUUGUUAGUUGCGCAGAUGAAGUGAUUAGAUUAAUUGAUAAAGAUACUGGAGAAUUACUUGGUGAAUUUACAGGGCAUAGUGGAAAAAAUCUAUGUCUAGAAUCAAUCGUAAACUGUCAAGAUACAAGAAUUUUUUCAGGCUCAGCAGAUGGCAAAUUAUGGAUUUGGGAUCUUGUGUCUCAAAAAGUAAUUGCAAAACUUUCAGGACUUAAGCCAACUAAAUAUCCUACUGUGUCUAUAAGUGUUCAUCCUCAGAAGAAUUGCAUUUUAGCUUCUAAUGGAUUUAAUAUAUUAAUGUGGAAUUCUUCCGCUCAUAUAGAUAGCGAGUAGUAUUUAUUAUAAUUUAUAUUUAUACUAUAAAUACAGCUUUGUACAUAGAGUAACUAUAAAUGAGUAGACUAUAAUAAUUUUGCUUUCUUUUCUUGACUUGGAAUAAAAUAAAUAAUCGAACUGAGUCGUUAAUUUAAGUACAUAUAUAAC